CACAGAAACAUACAAUACACAUAACCACAAUUUUUUGGAUAUGUCCAUUUAGUAAAUAUACAAUAAUAAAUAUUUGAAUUCUAUGAUGAAAACUAUUAAACUUUCAUACAUUCUAAAAUUCCGAUUCUGUGUAUAAAAAUUAUUGUAAUUUAUUGGAUUCCACCGAUCAUGAGUCAAUUAAACUUACUAUUAAAACAAGCACUUCAAACGUUCACUUGUACUAGGGAAAUGUUCCAACAAAAUUUGGAAAAAUUGAUGAAUCUGAUGAACAAGACAAGUAUAGAUGAUGUCAGAAUAAAUCCAGUCUUACUGAGUAAUGUUAUUUGGGAAAAACCCAAUAAAGCACCUGCCACAUAUGUUCAUAUAUAUGAAGAUCUCAAUAUCACUGUUGGUAUAUUUGUUUUGAAACCAGGAUUGUUGUUACCCCUCCAUGACCAUCCGGAUAUGCAUGGUCUAAUCAAAGUAAUACAUGGCAAAGUGAAGAUAACAAGUUACUCAUUGAAUACUGACAAUACAGAAAUAUACAAAAACGAAAAUACUGAAGUUUUUUCUGAAUCAAUGACUCCAUUCAUUGUGGAAAAAACUUCAGAGGUUAUUGUUGAUCCAAGCAAUGUUUGUUCAAUUUUAUAUCCUGAACAUAAAAAUAUCCACCAAGUUGAAUGCAUCAAUGGACCGGCAGCAUUUAUGGAUAUUUUGUCUCCACCCUAUGACACUCUUAAUGAACAUGGGGAAAUGAGAAGGUGCAAUUAUUAUAAGGUAUUGAAUGAGCUGGCACCCAAUAUUUUCCAGUUACAAAAGACAGAAUCACCUUCUACCUUCUGGACAGAUUCUGCACCUUUUAUUGGUAAACUGUUUGCUUGAGACUUAAGAACAUUCCUUGUUAGUUAGGUGGUUUUUGUGUACAGUUAUUUAUUUAAAUGCAAGUUACUUCAUGUGCUGUGUUCCGAUGUUAUUAAUUAUUUCUUGGAUAAUUAAAUAUUGAGACUUAUUUAUAUUGAAAUAUAUGUGCUUAAAUGAGAGAUAAUUCUAAUUAUAUAUAGAGAAAAACACAUCAUUACAUUGCACUCUAGAAAAAAACUACUCUUUCACACUUGUAAUUUAAUUAGAUGAAUACCAGACAAUUUCUGAAAUUAUCAUCAAAUAAAAAAAUACUGUGAAAUAUAUGGCUACAUAAUUCUCAUUUAA